AUGGUUUUAUCCAAAAGAAAGGAGGACGAACCAUGUGGAUAUCUGGAUGUGAACGUGAGCAAGAGCGAUCUCCGUGCUGAAGGCAUGUCCUUGGUUCUCAAUUUUUUGUGCCGUUUGCACAAGGUCAACCCUCCCAUUUGUGUGCACAAUUUUCGCUGCUACUCCAAUUCUGGUCUGGGAGAUGCGGGCAUCCGCCUAUUGACUCAGCUCAUUGCCUCGCAACCUUAUCCGUUGCGAGAGCUCCACUUGAGCCACACUGGGAUCAGUGAGGUGGCCGUAGCCACUUUGGUGUUAUCCGUUUGCUCCAGCGAGAGAUACCCCUUUCAAACGAAAGAAGGGGCCUGGACAGGUUGCUGGAUGCGAGUCGACAACAACGAAAUCCUGGCGCCCAUCACGUUGGUGACGGCGCUGAAAUCGUUAAAAAUCAAAGGACUGGAGAUGGUGGCCCGUCAGAGCCGCACCUGGACGCGAUACACCAGCCCCAGCUGGGCAACCAAUGCAGAGGUGACGCCAGCUGCUCUAUUGUUUUUGAUCAACGAGCAGAAAGGAGAGGCGAUCGGCUCCAUCGGUUCCAGUCAGGCGGCCUUCCAGGAGUCUGCCAGCGCCAUGCGCCGGGCACAGCAGGCCGUCACCACAGCGCAGCAGCUGCUGGAAGUGGAAGGUGCAGGCGAUGAUCCUGAAGAUCCCAAAUCCAGCCUGCAGCGACGCGUGGCCGUUGCCCGAUGGUCACAUCGUGAGGUCGACCCAAAGAGCAGGGACAGCGAUAUCGAUGGUCGACAGGCAGGGAAAGGGACAUCAAAGGGCUGCGGGGCCACGGUGCAGCUGUCUGGGCCUGGCUCCCAUCGCGCCAUGGCCAUGUGGUGUGACAUCGCCUUGGGUGUGACCGCGUUGGGCUCGGCGUUGCUGGGAGCGCUGCUGGCGCUCUGUCGAAGCUCCUCGCUGGCACGGCCACCACCGCCCAAGCGGAGUCAGAAGUUGGGAGAUCCGAAGUAUGACAUCCAAGACAUUGUGACUCCAGCGGCGGCAGGAACAACGCUGCGAGUCCUGUCAUGGCUUUUGGCAGACAGUCCCUUGGGUCCGCUGAUCCGGCGCGUGCUGCUGAGUCAGGAAACCAACGGCUCCGCCUUGCUCCAGGACUUGGCCCUGCAAGCCAGCCAUGAUCCCGGCAAUUUCGCCAUGUGGCAUCCCAUGCAACGUCUCAGCAGUGAGGAGAGGAAGCAGCAGGAAGAGGCUGCCAAGGUGGCAGGAACGAAGGAAAUUCUGCAGAAGGGCUUCGGCUCUGGCGCUGCCACGCCCUAUGUCACCGUGGAGGACUUCGCAAGGGCAUACCGCGAGAAGCGCAUUUUGCCGUCGCAAGCCAUGGAGAAAUUGCUGCAGAGCGUGAAGGAACUGCAGCCCAAGUUUCGGCCCUUUGUGAAGCUGCUGGAGGAGGACGUGCGGGCGCAAGCGCAGGAGUCAGAUCGGCGCUUUGGGAGCGGAGAAGCGCGCAGCAUCUUCGAAGGUGUGCCCGUUGCCGUCAAGGACAUGUUCCGCAUCCGUGGCUAUCCCAUGUUGGAGGGCUCCCUGUGGCCCGAAGGGAGUGAUCGCAAUAGUCCUGCAGAGAAGGACAACCAUAUGGUGCGACUCUUCCGCGAGGCCGGAGCCAUCAUCGUGGGCACCACUGCCAUGACGGAGUUUGGGGUGACGCCCCUGGGGUAUUCGGUGAACCAGCAGGGUCCCUUCAACGCCUACAACGCCAAGCACUACUCCCUGGGUUCCUCCAGUGGCUCCGCCGUGGCUGUCGCCCUAGGCUUGGUGCCGGUGGCCAUCGGCGCUGACGCCGGUGGAUCCAUUCGGCUUCCAGCGUCUGCUGCAGGAGUCUUUGGCUUGGCCACCACCUACGGACGUGUGGCAGAUGAUAGCAGCAGUGUCACCAAUGGAUCUAUGCAAAAGUCGGGACCCAUAGCUGCAACCGCCCGUGACACCGCCUUGGCUUAUGCGGUGAUGUCGGCUGCUGAGCCUGGGAAUUUCUACUCGCAGCUCUACGGGGAGCCGGGAUUGCCGCCGUUGCAUCUCAAGGAUUUCAGCAAGUCCGACCUCAAGGGAAUGCGCCUGGGCAUUUUCUGGGACUACUUCAAUGAUUGUGAAGUGUCGGUGCUGGACAGCUGCCAGCGGGCAGUUGAUACCUUGAGAUCCUUGGGAGCAGAGAUCGUGGCCAUUGAAAUCCCACACCUUCGCAGUUUACAGGUGGCCCAUGGCCUUGUGGUUUCAGCCGAGAUCAGCACCAUUCUGGGCGAUUUGUUGCACAACAAGCACCAACUGGAGCCAUCCACCCGCAUCCAAUUCGCCUUGGGAAUUUCGAUGGGCGCGGUGGAAAUUCAGUCAGGGAAUAUGCUCCGAGGUUGGGCGGUGAAACACAUCCGCCAGGAGAUUUUCAAGAAGUUGAAAAUCUCUGGGAUCGUCACUCCCACUGUGGGCGUCACACCGCCCGAGAUUCCUCCGGCGGCGCUUCGCUGGGGCGAAAGCAAUACGCCGCUCCUCUUGAAACUGAUGAAAUACAUUUUCCUGGGAAAUCUUUGUGGUUUCCCUGGCAUCAGCAUUCCAGUGGGCUACGAUGAAGGGACCAGCAUUCCGAUCGGUCUUCAUAUCUUAGGUGACCAGUGGCAGGAGCCCGUCCUGUUGCGCCUGGCCGAAGCCUUGGAACAGCAGCUGCCCCGGAGGACCCCCCCGAGCUUCGUGAAUUUCUUGGGGAAGGACUGAGCCGCACCCGGCAGGUCAACGGCCGUGCUGCGCAACGAUUGGUUAAGAAAAAAUAUAUCGAAACAACAUGCCAACUGAAGGGAGAGAUUUCAUGGUUUUUG